CUCAAUGAGAAUAAGAGCCAGGAUUAAUGCUCAUCAAAGCAAAGGUACUGUUAAACCAUUUCAAAUGCCAGUGAAUCAGAUACCAAUUAUUCUGAAUGGAUGCAGUGUCAAUAAAAGAUUCAGAUAUCACUGGAAAAGAUUCUCAGUGUUGGCCUGCAUUACUAAUAACAAUGAGAAGGAUGAGAGAUUGUUGAUCAGUAGAUCAUGCUUUCCUGCUGUAUCAGUGAACAAGCAUAAACCAAAGCCCGAGGUUCAUCUCACAAGCCAUUUGAACAUAUUAAAUGCAUUCUACCAGUUUUCCCGUCCUCAUACAAUAAUUGGCACAAUUAUGGGAAUAACAUCGGUUUCCCUUCUUCCGAUACAAUCAAUAUCUGAUUUCUCUGGAAAAUUUUUUAUGGGACUACUGAAGGCUUUAGUACCAGCAUUAUUGAUGAACAUUUAUGUGGUGGGACUUAAUCAAUUGUAUGAUGUAGAAAUUGACAGGGUUAACAAACCAAAUCUACCAAUUGCUUCAGGAGAAUUCUCUAUGGGAACUGGAAUAGUAAUUGUUGCCACCUGUUUCUUGAUGAGCUUUUCUAUGGGAUAUAUGUUUCAUUCCCCACCCUUGUUUUAUGCCCUUCUGAUUAGCUGUUUGCUUGGAAGUGCUUAUUCCAUUGAUCUUCCUUUCCUCAGAUGGAAAAGAAAUGCAUUUCUUGCUGCAGCAUGUAUUCUAUCUGUGAGAGCUGUGGUUGUCCAACUUGCUUUCUUUGUGCAUAUCCAGAAAUAUGUACUUGGGAGGUCAGUAGUAUUUUCAAAGUCAGUGGUAUUUGCAACAGUUUUCAUGUGUUUCUUCUCCACUGUAAUCGCAUUAUUUAAGGAUAUACCUGACGUCGACGGGGAUAGAGAUUUUGGCAUUCAGUCCUUCAGUGUUCACCUAGGUCAAGAAAGAGUAUUUUGGCUUUGCAUCUACAUGCUUUUGAUGGCAUAUGGCACUGCAAUGGUGAUAGGAGCUUCUUCAUCAUUCACAUCUAGCAAGGUUAUCACUGUACUAGGCCACUUCAUACUUGCUUCCAUUCUUUGGUUCCGUGCUCAAUCCAUUGAUCUUAUGAACAAGGCUUCUAUAACUUCAUUUUACAUGUUCAUUUGGAAGUUGUUCUAUGCAGAGUACCUCCUUAUCCCCUUUGUACGUUGAGGAAGAUUUUGGAGAUUCAACAAGUCAAUGAUAAAAGGAAGGAAGGGGUCUAAGUGCCACACAAUUCUAGUUGUACACAGAGCAAAUUUAUUUGUUUGAUAGCCCAGAAAUCCCUUUUAAUGUUAUGGUAUAAUUGAUAACCUUAGGAGAAAACUCAAGCCAAAAGUUGAUUGAGA